GGACCGACCCUACCGUGAAGCAGGUCGUGGGCGGGAAGUUCACGAGCUCAACGAAUCGUUGCUUGAAAGGGGAGGGAUAGGGCUGUGGACCAAUGGGGAGAGGCGAGACCAGCCCCACCUCCGGAAACAGCGGGCCAAUCGGCGCGGAGCGGCGGGUGGGCCUGGGAGGCUGAGGGGGAGGGGCGGGCGGAGCGGGAUGGCAGGCGCGGCCCGGGAAGUGCUCACGUUGCAGCUCGGGCACUUCUCCGGCUUUGUGGGCGCACACUGGUGGAACCAGCAGGAUGCCGCGUUGGGCCGUUUGGCCGGAGCCAAGGAGCUCCCUGGAGUCAAGGAGCUGCCCGGAGAGCUGUGCCCCGAUGUCUUGUACCGGGCAGGCCAGACCCUGCAUGGCCAGGAGACGUACACGCCCCGCCUCAUCCUCAUGGACCUGAAGGGCAGCCUGAGCUCCCUGAAACAAGAAGGUGGAUUAUACCAAGACAAACACCUGGAUGCUGCUAUUGCUUGGCAAGGCAAACUCACAACCCACAAAGAGGAACUACAAGCCAAGAACCCCUUUCUACAAAACCUUCUGAGUGCAGAGGGAGUGAUGAGUAGUGAUGGCGUCUGGAGGGUCCAAGCAUUUCCCAAUGGUAAAGGUAUUCCAACACUUACCAAAGCCUUUUCCCCCACCCCUAAAUCACUAAUCCCUCCUGAGGGCAGCAUCAAGGUGUGGUCGGACUUCCUUCAUGUGCAGCUACACCCCAGAAGUAUCUGUAUCAUCCAGAAGUACAACCAUGAUGGGGAGGCAGGCCGUCUAGAGGGCUUUGGCCAAGGUGAAAGCCUCUUACAGGAGCCCACCUACUUGGAAGAGCUUGAGGACAGACUACACUUCUACGUGGAAGAGUGUGACUAUUUGCAGGGUUUCCAAAUCCUGUGUGACCUUCAUGAUGGCUUCUCUGGCCUAGGAGCUAAAGCAACAGAAUUGCUUCAGGAUGAGUAUGCUGGACGGGGAAUCCUGACUUGGGGCCUACUCCCUGGCCCCUAUACCCUAGGGGAGCCCCAGAAAAACUUCUAUCGUCUCUUCAACACAGCCCUAGGCCUUGUGAACAUCGCUGCUCACAGCUCACUUGUCUGUCCUCUGUCCCUUGGGGGUGGCCUAGGGCUUCGGCCUGAGCCUCCAGUCACCUUUCCACAUUUGCGUUAUGACGUCACAUUGCCCUACCACAGCAGUGCCCUCCUGGCUACAGCCCUAGAUACGAUCACCGUCCCCUAUCGACUGUGCUCCUCCCCAAUCUCCAUGAUGCAUCUGGCUGACAUGCUGACCUUUUCUGGGAGAAAGGUGGUUACAGCUGGAGCCUCAAUCCCCUUCCCAGUGGCUCCUGGCCAUUCUCUUCCAGAUACCCUGGCCCAAUUUGGAGGGACCAUACCAUGGACUCCACUUUCUGCAUGUGGGGAACCAAGUGGCACUCACUACUUUGCCCAAUCUGUGGUGCUUCGGGGUGUGGACAAAACACGACAGACCAGUCAGCUCUCCCCAGGUACAUCACCAAGUUCUCCACUCCAUGCCUGCACCAGUGGAGAGGAGGUGUUGGCUCAGUAUUUACAGCAGUUGCAACCUGGGGUCCUGAGCUCCUCCCAGUUGCUGCUGAGUCCGUGCAGGGUAGUACCUCCAUACCCACGAUUCUUCUCCUCACGACUCAACCAGCAGGGUUUGAUUCUGGAUGGCACCCACAAUGGGACAGCAGUGGAGACUAUCCCGGUGCUCGCUACACUGUGCUCCUCCUCGCUGCUGCAUCGGGCCUUGGGCCGGCUGGCUGGAGAACUGGCCAACCUUGACCUGAGACGCUGGGCCAGUUUUCUGGCAGCAGGUGUGGAACAAGAUGACAUGGAAGAAACCAUACAGGAGCUGCACAACUUGGCCCAGUGUUACAAAGACGGAGACAGCCUCAUAAACUGAGCCCCUUUCAUGGACUGUGCAGCCCAGAGAAGGAAAAAUAAAAUAGUUUUCAAAAAACCUGACUGCUGGGUACAGCAGUUUCUAUCUUGCAGCUGGCCAGCUAUGCCAACAGGGCUUGUUUAUUAUGCUUUAGAAAGAUGGUGAUUGGAUCACAAAACAAUAAAUAAAAUGGAAAGUAGAAGGGAGAAAGACUCUCAAGUACAAUAUUUACAAAUCAGGUCAGUGCAGCCUUCAUAACAGGCCUGCCUUUCAACUAUUAAGAAGGCUGAGCCCCAAGGCCCUUCCCCUCCCCAGUCUGAUUUCUCUCCUUUUUUUGGACUCCCUGCUUCCUCCAGCCUUGUAAACUGAGCCCAAAGUGACCAUAAUGGGGAGUCAGGAAGGGAGUGUGUCUUCCUAGGGUAACCCUAUUUCUCCUGGUAAGGUGCCAUGAUGGGUUUGGUCCUAUACAAACACCACCUGUGUCUCUCCAGAAUUUCAUUCAUCUGGCUCCUCUUCAGACAGGAGGUCCCCCCGAUCAGAGAGUUGGUCUGUGUUACUGGUGCUGGUAGCAUCAUCCUCAUCCUCAGAGCUGGCCUCACAGGCUGUGUGGAAGAGCUGCAUCAGUUCCCUGAACCUGUGUGAGACCUGUGGGAGAACAAAGGGCGUGUCUACAUGCUGUUUUUGACUUUAUGGCUAUGACUAUGCUUUGUGACUGAAAUCCUCACUCCUGACAAACAUUACAGUUCAUAAAGCACUUUCUCACAAUCUCUGG